GGUUGGAGCAGAAAGAAGAAGCAGAGUAAUAAUCUACAAUAAUAAUAAUCAUAAUAAUAUAAACCGAACCAAAGCAGAAAUAUAAUUUAAAAAAUUACAAAAAACAACAACAAACCAACAUCCAUCAACAACAACAACAACAACGAAAGCAUUAAAACCUUGCAAAACGUUUUUUUUUUUCAAGUGUACGUACGUAAGUACGUGUGUGUGAGUGUGUGUUUAUAAAGCUAAAAUUAUAAAUUCUUCAUAAUAUCAAAUGCAUACAUGUGUAUUACGUGCAUAAACAAUCGGAAACAAUCUCAAUCAAAAAGCAAAAGCAAUAAUUGACAGCAAUAACAACAACACAACUGCAAAAACUGCAUCAAUUACAAAAACAAAACAACUACAAAAACAACAACAACAAGUGUACGAAGAAUAAGAAGAAGAAGCAGCAUAUAAGGAAGUGGAAGAAGAGUCGUAAAACGAAGCGCAAAGAAAAAGCAACCGAAAACAAAAUUCAACUGCAAACGUGUCUCGACCCAAAUCUUGUGUGUCUGACGCUCUCUCGAUCGCUUCUCUCGCUCUCUUCGUGUGCGUGCGUGUGUGUGUGUGUGUGUGUGUGUGUGAGUGUGUGCGUGUGCGUAGGCGGCUAUGUCACAGGGCGGCAUUACAUCGCUACUGAUAGCUGCUCAAUUCAUUGAGCAGCAGGAAAAGCUUAAGCAUGCUGUUGGGUUGCAUUUUAUCAAUGAUAGCAAUAAUGGCUACAACAGCAGCAGUAGCAGCAUCAGCAGUGAAAGCAUCGUCAACAACAACAACAACAGCGCAAGCCAACUCAACAGAAACAGCACGCCAGCAGCAGCAGCAGCGGCAGCAAACACAACAUCAGCAACAACAACAACACCCGCCAACGUAAACGGCCAUAACGGUCUGACUAACGGUACCGCUGCAGCGCUGAGUAACAGCGGCAGCAGCAGCAGCACCAAUGGGCAGAGCAGUCCACGCAGUCAAUUAGUUGUUACUCAUGAUUAUGAGUAUGUUGGCAACGGCAUCACCACCACCAAUGGACAAUUGGAGUCAACGGGGGGACGUAGCAGCGAAGGUCGCGCCAUUGUUUCGGCACAAACGCAGAGUGUGCUCAUCGGAGGAUCGGAGGAUGCGCACAUGAGCUUUGUCGGCUCAGCCUCUGCUCGCAGCGCCAACAGCGCCAACUCUGCCGCCUAUCGACAGAUACUCAAUGCCCAGCAGCAGCAGCAACAGGCGGCAGCAGCAGCGGCAGCAGUCUCCUCAUCGGCGCCAGUCACCGGAUCUCAGCUGACCGCCCACGGUGGACGCCGACGAACCAUCAGCUCCAAUAGCAAUGGGGCUGGCACGCGCGAUAUGCACAACAAGCUGGAAAAGAAUCGACGAUUCCAUCUCAAGUGUUGCUACGAAGUGCUAAAGAACGAGCUGCCGCUCAAGGAUGAGGAUCGCAAGAAGACAUCAAAUUUGACAAUACUCGACAAGGCGCACAAAUAUGUCAAGCAACUGUCAAAGUCCGCUAGUGAUCAGGAGGCGCAAAUCGAGCAGCUUGCCAAGCAAAAGAUUGAGCUACAGAAGCGUCUAAACAGCCUGAGACGUCCGGCGGAUUCCCAGAGCAUUCCACAGAACGAUAAAGAUGAGGCCGUUUGCCUGGCGACCACAGCAACAACAUCAGCAUCGUUAUCGCCAGCAUCGGGAUCGGGAUCAGCUGGAGGACGCAAUGCAGCGCCGCCAAUACUGUUCGAUGGCACCACCGCGACCGUUUGUGCCACCGGUCUUCAGACUGGUGUGCCCACAACGACCAUGUCAUCUGUGAUAAGCAAGAGCAACGCCAGCAAGCACAACACCAACACGAAUGGCAACGGCAACAGCAACAGCAUCAACAGCAAUGCCGCCGUCAGUUAUCAAUUGAAUCCCGCCGCCGCCGCCGCUGCAGCUGUUACAAUUGGCGCACUGAAGAACAGCAAAUCGAACGGCAGCAUUAGCAACAGCAACAUCAACAAUGUUACCUCCGCUGCAGUCAGCUAUUCACAGAAUCAAAGUCCCGCCACAGUUGUUGCCAUGGGUCUGCUCAAGAAUAGCAGCAGCCUUUUGACCAGCAACAACCACAGCAGCAGCAACCACAGCAGUAACAGCAGCAGCAAUGGCUCACCGAUAGCAACGUCCACAUCGCAGCAGAGCAGCCCGGCUGGCAGUCCAAAUGUGGUUGUUGGUGCCACCAACAACAACAACACCACAUUGAUGACGACGACACGUGGAUCGCCAACGCCAUCGACGCCAUCGCCAUCACCAAGCUCGUCGUCGAGCGGCGUCUCCUCAUCGGCCUCCUUCAUUGGCUCCUCAUCGUCGUCAUCAUCGUCGUCAUCGUCGUCGUCAUCAUCAUCGUCAUCGUCCAGCUCAUCAUCGUCAUUGUCGUCGUCCUCGUCGGCGGGCUCAUCGCCACCCACACACACACAAUCGGCGACAACGACGACGACGACGCACUUGCUGGGCGCCACACGUAGCGCGAACAUCAAGUUCCAUGCCAGCGGCGCAGGCGGUGCCCUCAACGGUGGCGCCACCAUUGUCACGGCGACAGCACCAAGUGCUGCAACAGUUGCAGCCGCAAAUGCGCAUUCCGCUGGAUUCCAUCAGGCGGACAAGGAUCGUAAUUACAAUUUCUUGAUACGCAGCGGUACGGCGGCACAGUAGAGGCAACAGCAAUGGAAACAGCAGCAACAACAACAACAAGAAUUGUAACUAAAACAACAACAAAAAAGAAAAAAACAACAACUGAAUUGUGUGCAACAGCUCCCACCUUAAACAACAAAAGCAACAACAACAACAACAACAAGAAAACAGAGCAAGAAGCAAACUUGUUCUCAACUCUCUAUCUCUAUCUCUCUCUCUCUCUAUCUUCUAUGUUUCUUCGAUUUCUGUCAUUUAACAAACAACAACAAUCGCACACAGCAACAACAACAGUAAACAACAACAACAACAACAAAACAUAACAGUUCCGCCCAACAUUUAAGCAUCGAUUUUGAAAAUCAAAAAAAAAAAAAAAAAAAAAAAAAAAAAGAAAAGAGAAGAAAGUAAUGAAAUACAUAUUUAAACAAGAAGAAAACUAAAAAGAAAACAAAAAACACAAAACAAAACAAAAGGAAUUAUUUUUAAUAAAUAAUUUUAUACACUAGAACAACAACAACAACAAAUACCAGAACAGCAGCAGCAACAACAGCAACAACAACAAUAGCAUCACACACACACAACUCAACACACACAUACACACACAUGUAAAGUAUAAGCGCCUAUUCUAUGAAAUAUAUGUAUGAAAACUCUAUAUAUAUACAACUCACAUUUGUAUGUGUAGCUCACAUUGAAUUUAUCCACACAAUUACAAACACACACACACAUGGACACAAACAACACUAACAACAACAACUUCAACAAUAACUACUUUUAGAACUUAGUGUAAAUUAUUGUCGGAAAUGAAAUGAAAAGAAAUGUGAAAAGAUGAAAAGAAAUCGCGCUGUUGUAACAGAAACCACCAAAAUGGGUAACGCUUUAUGAAAACUGCAUGCAUAUGCUAUAUAUACUAAAAUAUACUAUAUAUAGAUAUACUAUACUUGCACAACUAUGUGGUAUAUACUUAAUAUAUAUAUCUUAUGUGUGUGUGUAGUACUUUAUAUAUAUAUAUACAUAUAUAUAAACUUAAAGAACAAUCCAAUCGAAUUAUCUUCAUUUUUUUUUUUUUUUUUUUUUUUUUUUUGGCAAAUUGAUGUGACAAACCGAACCUAAAGACAUAUUUAUACAUAUAACAUAUAAUAUUGUGAAAGUGUAAGAAAUUUGUAAGAGUGUGUGUGUGUGUGUGUGAGAGAGUGAAUCUGAUAUAGUUCUAUAUACUCUAUGACCAACAAACAAGAGCGAAGAGCAAAAAUAAUGUUAUACCAAAAAUUGGUUUAUUCUUUAGUUUCCUCACUUCUGCUCCCUUGCCAGAGUUUAACUACUACUAAAUGUGUGUGUGUGUGUGUGAGUGUAUGUGUGUGUGUAGUUGUAGUUGUAAUAACUUCCCCCCCUCCUUGAAUGCAAUGUAAAACCGAUGUUGACAUGAUGUACUCAAUGUGUAUACCCUUAAUCAGCCAUUAUAGAUGUGUAUGUAUGUAUGUGUGUAUGUGGAUGUAUGCAUGUAGUUGUGUAGUAGUGAUGUAGCCAAGAUUACAUACAUACUCUUUUAGUACAUACAAUUGAAUGUCUCUUAGAACAAGCUAAAAAACAUAGAAAGCAAAACUUCUUUUUACUUCAAUUUUCGAUUGCAUUUCUUUUGUUGUUGUCCAAGCAUACAUCACAAACAAAAAAGUUUACUUUUGAUUUUUCAAUUAAAAAACAAAAUAAGAAAAACCACCUCGAAAGCAAACUUUGCUAUAGGCGCUUUGCUUGCUUCCCACCCGAUAGAUAAUAGCUGAUAACUUCUUAGCCAUAGCAAAAUGAUAAAUGUAAAUGAGUUUUCAAAUGAUUUUAGAGAGCAUAUCACAACCAAAAUUACAUAAAGAAUUAGAGAAAACAAUUGCAAUUCAACUUUAACUUUCUUAUUUAUUUCAUUUUCUACUUUAAACAUUUGUCUUUUUCUUUUUUGGAGAGCAGAAAGCUGAACCUAACGCCUUAAGAGCUCUACGUCAAGUUAUUAAAAUUCGGAACCACAAAAUAUUGGAAUAUUUAUAUACAAAAAAAAAACAAAAGCGAGAAGAAAAAACAAAAAGAAUAUAGAAACUAGAAAAGAAAAAGGGAAAAUAUUAAAAUAUUAUAUGUAUAUGUAUAUAUUAUAUAUAUUUAUGUAUAACUAUGACAGACAGACAAAAACCGAAACAAAACAAAAAGAGAUAGAGAAAGGGGAAAAAUCAACUAAAAACUAACUAAAUAUUAUAUUUUGGAGCAUUUUUUUCAAACGUGUGUGCGUCUGUGUGUGUGUGUGUGUGUGUAUCUGUAUAUGUGUGCGCGUACGUUAGUACAUAAAAAAAGUAUUAAAAAAAAAAACAGAAAUGAAAAAAAUAUAAGAACAAUAAUAGCAAAAACUGAUUAUCUAAAUCCGAAGAAGUUAAGAAUUUGCAACACAAAAAAAAAAAACAGACGGAGAAGAGUUGUAUUUGGAAAAGAGAAAAACAAAUAGAAAAAAAAAACAAAACAAAACUACAAUUACGAUAAAAAAAAAACAAAUGAAAGUAGAAAAAGUAGAAAAAAAAAACAUAAAACACAAUAACAAAAACAAUAUAAAAUGAUGCAAAAAAAAACAAACCAUAAACAUAUUAACAGAGCUGAGAAAAUUGUGAAUUUCUCUUUCAUAUUUUUGUGUAAAUAUUCUUUUGUUUCUCUGGCUUUUUAGUUUUGGCACAGGUAAAAAUUAAAUAACCCAAUCUUAAGUUGUUCAAAUAUACUUAUGUCCAAAAAAAAAAGCAACAAAAAAUAAAAUAAAAAUUAAACAAACAAAUCGCUGGCAAAUUCAACAAUUUCACCAUAAAUUAGUUUCUGAAGAAGCCAACACAAAAAAAGAAAACAAAACAAAAAAAUACAAAAAUUUAUUUUCACACAUUUUAAAGAAAUAAAGAACAACAAGAAACAAAAAAAAAAAACAAGAAAAAUACAACGCAGUUGGAAUCUAUUUUCAAAAAAGAAUAACAUCAAUUUAGUGUCUAAGCCUAAAUGUUUGUGUAAAUGUUUUAAAUGUACAUGUAAAAUGCUUAGCCAUAAGUUCUAAAAAAAAAACAAAAUCAAAAUAAACA